AUGACUUCAAAGCCGGUCUUCUCCUAUCCAAUACCUCACUCCACCUUCAUUCCCCUAUCCUACGAAUCUGUCACCGCCUCUGGGCAAACCCGUAAACGAAAGAGGACCAAGAGUCUAGCCACGAACGCCAGCGAGAACAUAGAAGGAGAAGAAGAAGAAGGAGAAGAAGGAGAAGAGCAAGCACAAAACAAAGAGGAAGAGGAGGAAGGGCCAGUUUCAAAAGCUGGAAAUGAUGCUGGCUUACGUAGUCUCGCUACACCACGAGACCGGGUGCCGACGGCGGCCUCGUGGGCUCCGACCGGCGCACAUAAGCUACCACCCGCACUGACUACGAAUUCGGACAACACUGAUGAUGAGAUGCUCGACGGCGACGAUGAAGAUGCCGAUGAUGAUGAUGAUGACGACGACAUCAUCGACGGGAAACGUAAAAGGCUCGCCAGCAAUCUAGAGCAUCGCAUACGUAAUGCUGGGUAUGCAGACGACAUCAUGGAAAGGUUACCACCAACUCAGCCCACGUCACUACAAGCAAAGCAUCUGAGCAAUAUCAAUACCUUACUCCAUCUCUGCAUCCUCCGACGGGAUUGGGGGAGGGCGAAACGGGCAUUUAGGCUGUUGCUGUUGAGUGAUUCGGAGACGGAUGUCAAAAAUCUGCGACUCAAGACGAUCUGGAAGCUGGGGGUAGAAAUCCUCAGUUGGGAGUAUCAACGGCCGGUGGAUGUCGAUAGCCAGCACGAGACAGACGGUUCUGGUGAUACAAAUAGCUCUAAGAGGAGCUAUGCUAAGGCGGUUGAAUACAUGGACAGACUGGUGAUCAUGUAUCCUCACUACAAACACUAUGUUGUCGGAAAGGGCGUUAAUGCGACAACGAUCCUACCGAUCUUAAUGCACUUUGAGAUCCUGGCAUUACAUGAAAAACUCUCGACUGCCCUGAAGAGUGGCGAAUCAGGGGUAGUCUUGGAUGUUAUCUCAGGGAUCGAAGCACUUGUUGAAAGGUUGAAAACCUUGCAAGAAACCCCUCCCUGGGUUGAUAUGGGGGACUUGUGGAGACUUCGUGGUCAAUUGUAUACAUGGGCGGCUGAUUUGAGCCUGAUGCUCCUGAACGACCAGGAAGGACACAUCCGAUACAAAAUAGCUGGGCACAAGUUGUCCCAGAGAAUGAAGGAGAGGGGGCUACCAGGAUGGGAAGAAUAUUCAUCCGAACGCGACGAGGUUUUGAUUGAAGAUAAUGUCGAUAUCCAACUCUAA